GCCCGGUGUUUGUUUUCCGCUGCCAGCUGGCAGAGGCAGCUCCGAGAAUCGACAGUUAAGGGUUAAGGGAACACGAUGACUAGCUGGACCACCAUGAAAACGAGGAUAACCGCAUCGGUGCGCACCACCAACCGCAUGAAUGCCUUGCUCUCGGAGUCGAUGUUGAGUAGGCGGCGGGCCGCCCAAAAUCCGGAGGGCGAGCCGACCGCCGGCGAGGGCGGGGAGCCGAUCAAGGAGAAGCCCAAGAACGAUUGGAAGUUCUUUCACACCAACUUCAAUAUGGAACGUGCCCUGAAGAUCAUCGAAGAUUGCAUCGAGGAGCGGCUGCUGUGGGAUCGCUUCAGCCGCAAUUACGACUCUUGGCGGGCUCUGCAGCUGGUCGAAGGUCUGGCGGCCGAGAUACGCGACCGGGUCAAGAAGCUGAACCACAGGCGCCACCGCAUCGUCUGCCUGCUGUCGAUCGUGGAGAAGCAGAACCAGGGCGUCCACCAGCGCAUGUGCCACCUGAUGGACGAGAAGCGGGACAACUUCACCCAGUUGGUCUUCGAGCGGCCCACGUACUUCAUGAUCGUGGUGCUUUAUCUGGUCUACAAGGAUUAGGUGCGAAAUGGUUGGAAGCCGCACUUCCUGGUGCUUGUUAAUUACUGUGUUAGUUUUAGUUAAGUGUUGACGCAUUAGGUUAUGGAAAAAUA